UGUGAGAGGAGGUUGGAAGUCAUACUCGGGACUCGUUUAUGUCAUUUCUAACCCAGUUGGUCAGGAAUAGUCAGGGAAUUUAAAAGACUUAUGACUGUAGCAACCAUGAUUUGGACCCAUCCCCCCUUGUCAAAUAGUCCUGCACGCAUCGCUGGCACUCACCAUUUCAUGCAUUCUCCGCUGUGCAAUCGCUAGAAGUCUCCAGCGUCUACCCAACCCUUAACUGUUGAUUCGGAUUCCUCUGCUUUGUUUUUUGUUACGCUUUUAUGGAAAGAAAACGAAGCAAGGUGAGUUACCAUAGAAACGAAAGCUAUAUCAGCCAGGAAUUAGACCUCUUCACCUUUAUAUGAUUUUCGUAAGCAUGAUUUGGUUUUGAUUUGAACUUUUAUAAUUAGAUAUGAUUGGACAGAUAUUCUAAGAGAACAACUUUUUUCUUUUAAAGUCACCCUAUCAAUUUGAAACCUUCUCGGCUUCCGAUAAUUUUGUUCAAUAAUUUUGUUCGAUAAUUGUCGCUUAUUUCAUUCAUAAAUUUUUGGUUAAAUUGCAGGUAAUGAAAUCCUAUGAAUAUAACAUUCAUCGAUUCAGAGACUGAGAAUGUUGACAUCAAGCUCGAACGACAAACUCUGCACUGCUCCACGAUCACUAAAGAUUGUCAGGAGAGAUCAAACAAGCUAGUCAAGAAAAGGACUUAACUGAGAACCAGUCCGCAGAAUGUAAAGCGAUAGCCCCUGAGCAAAGCGCUGCUGAGAGUGGAGAGGAAGGAAGCGGGCCUUCGUGGAAGGACAAGCAGAAGAUCAAGACGUUAGAAGAAAUUGAUGCCCAGCAAAAGAAGCAAAUAGAGGCACUUACAGCAGAACUUAAAGAGGCAGAAACGGCGUUGACGAAUCAAAAGACAAAAAAUUUCCAACUCAACCAGACAAUGGUGUAUCAAGUGCAGAAAAUACGGGAUCACGACAUCUUAAAAAAGGAGUUGAAAAAAGAGUUGAAAGAAAAGAAGGUUUCCGAAAAGGCGAUGUCCGAAAAGUUGGAGAAAGAAGAAGAGAAUCUGCAUAAUCUAAGUAUGAAGUUUAAGGCUGCCCAAAAAGAGGGCUGCAAAGUUAACCUUAUUUUACAGCAAGAGAGAAGGAACUACGAUCGAAAAGAAGCCGAGCUCGAGGAGGAAAUCACCAGGCUGAACAACGAAGGCGCUGGGAUGCAAUCUAGUCUUACAGGUCUCACCACUGAGAUAACCGAACAGAAGACUGAGAUAGAAAAACUGCGGACUGGAAAGGAGAGGCUUGGGGAUAAGUUCUUCCAACAAGAGAUGACCAUAUCUAAACUGGAAAUUAGGCUUGGCACGACGGACACUCGCAUUGGAUACAUGCAACUACGUUAUAAAGCAGAUGAGGUAAAGAAUACCUCGCUGAGAUUUCAGAUCGAUGAAUACAAGAAGGCCAUAUCAGAGAGUAAGAAGGAGUUGAAAAAGACUCAGGAACAACAAAAAGCGGAACUGCAGUCACUCACUGCUCAGCUUGAAAGCUACAAAGCCGAAUGCGAAAGAAGAGGCGAGAUCAAUGAGGCCGACAAGGAAACAAAAGCCAAUAUGAAAAUGGACAUCCGAAUUCUUUAUCAGCAGAAUGCUUUACUCCGCCAUGAACUGACCAGCGGUUUCAUCGCAUGCUACAGAACAGUGAAGCGAUUCUUUUGGCGUGCCAUCGACGCCAUUAGAUUGCUAUUCCGCUGACCACUUCAAAGGAAAGGGGUGGGGGGGAAAGUAAAUUUUUCUGAUAUAUUCUUUUUUUUGGUUAUUUGUUAAAUUUUAUACUCAAAAAUGUUAAAAAUUGGGACACCAGAGACCUGAGUAGAGCAAGAAUCAGAAGAAUAUGUGAAAUAUCUUCGAACAGUCUAAAUGAUGUCUAACUUGUGUCUUAAUCCUUCUGCCCAACCUAACAUAGCUGAAUG